CAAAAGACGCAGCUGAGGCUGUGACGUGCGCGUUGUUGACGCGAAGUGUUUGAUGGGAACGAAUUGAACAGCCGCCAUUUUGCUGUGUGAGGCAGCGGUGGGAUAGCUUCUGUGGAUUUGGUGUGUUUGUGCACUUUUACUCAUUGUCAGACACGAUGGCAAGUCCUGGGAGUGAGAACUUAAGGAUGAAGAGCUAUAAAAACAAAGCUCUGAAUCCUCAAGAGAUGCGGCGAAGGAGAGAAGAAGAAGGCAUCCAGCUUCGCAAACAGAAACGAGAAGAGCAGCUCUUUAAAAGAAGAAAUGUAUCUGUACCUUCCAAUGAAGAAUCAAUGUUGGAAUGUCCAAUCCAGGAUCCAGACGUGAGCUCAACAGUUCCUAUUUCAGGUGAUGGAGUCAUAACACCUGACAUGAUACAGAUGAUAUUCUCUGAGGACCCGGAUCAUCAGCUGAUAGCCACCCAAAAAUUUAGGAAGUUACUCUCCAAAGAACCAAACCCUCCUAUUGAUGAAGUUAUUUCUACUCCUGGUGUGGUGACUCGUUUUGUGGAGUUUCUAAAAAGAAGUGAAAACUGCACACUUCAGUUUGAAGCUGCCUGGGCUCUAACCAACAUUGCGUCAGGCACCUUCCUGCAUACCAAGGUUGUGAUUGAAACAGGUGCUGUUCCUAUUUUCAUUGAGUUACUAAACUCAGAGUAUGAGGAUGUCCAGGAACAGGCGGUGUGGGCACUUGGCAACAUAGCUGGUGACAAUGCAGAGUGUAGAGACUAUGUCCUCAACUGUGGCAUCCUACCGUCUCUGCAGCAGCUGCUAGCAAAGUCCAACCGUCUCACAACAAUUCGCAAUGCUGUUUGGGCACUUUCUAAUCUGUGCCGUGGCAAGAACCCUCCUCCAGACUUUUCCAAGGUGUCUCCCUGUCUCAGUGUGCUGUCCAGACUUUUGUUCAGCAGUGAUCCUGAUGUGCUGGCAGAUGCUUGCUGGGCUCUGUCAUACCUCUCUGAUGGUCCAAAUGAAAAGAUCCAGACUGUCAUCGAUUCUGGUGUGUGUCGUAGGCUUGUAGAGCUGCUCAUGCACAGUGACUACAAGGUGGUCUCUCCUGCCUUGCGAGCUGUGGGCAACAUUGUUACAGGAGAUGACAUCCAGACCCAGGUGAUCCUGAACUGUUCAGCGCUGCCAUGUUUGCUGCACUUGCUCAGCAGUCCUAAGGAAUCCAUCAAAAAGGAAGCAUGCUGGACCGUAUCUAACAUCACUGCAGGAAACAGAGCUCAAAUUCAGAAUGUGAUUGAUGCCAACAUAUUCCCAGUGCUGAUUGAGAUACUUCAGAAGGCAGAAUUCCGCACAAGGAAAGAGGCAGCGUGGGCAAUUACUAAUGCCACAUCCGGGGGCACACCAGCUCAAAUUAGGUACCUGGUUUCACUCAAUGCGAUCAAGCCAAUGUGCGACCUGCUGACAGUCAUGGACUCCAAGAUCGUGCAGGUGUCUCUCAAUGGUCUUGAGAACAUCCUGAGACUGGGAGAACAAGAGUCCAAACAGAAUGGGACAGGCAUCAACCCCUACUGUGCUCUGAUCGAGGAGGCUUAUGGUCUGGACAAGAUUGAGUUUCUGCAGAGUCAUGAGAACCAGGAGAUCUAUCAGAAGGCCUUCGAUCUGAUCGAGCAUUACUUUGGUGUUGAUGAGGAGGAUGCCAGCCUGGUGCCACAGGUGGACCAGAAUCAGGGUCAGUUCAUCUUCCAGCAGCAGGAAGGGCCCAUGGAAGGCUUCCAACUCUGAUCCAGCCCCCCUGCUCCUCCGCCACCUGCCUUUUUCCUGGUGACUAAAGUUGCAGCAGAGAUGGCAGUCUGCUGGCGUACCAGGCCUCCUCGGUACUCACCUGGUCUCUCCUGGGUCAGCUCCAAUAGCUCUAUCCCUUCAGACCUUUAGCACUACCAGUCCUUUGCAACACCAUCAUCUCUUCGGAUACUCAGACUUGUGAAUUGUGACAAAGCUGUUUGAGAGUGAAGGAGCCGAUUUGGAGUUGCUGGUUCCUCCAACAUGGUGGAAAGGCUCAUCAAAUUAACACCUUGUCUGUUUUUGAUCUUCUGUUUUCUUUUCUCUUCUUUCAUGACUUAACUUUUAGUUGAGUUCUGUUGAUGCCAUUUGUUUUGUCCACCUAAAAUGAGUCAGUCAUCAGAACCCACAUCCCGAUUUGAAUGUGAACUACCUCUUCACCUCUCAGAAAGGAAGUAGGAAGGCAAAAUCCUAGUGAAGAGUAUUUUCUUUUGAUCAUGGCUGAAUAUAAACAUUGAAUAAAAGCGGGUUGAUGCCUGACCAAUGAAGCUUGUGGACCUCAAAGCUUCGGUUCAGGAUUGUGAAGCUGGAACACUGUCCAUCGAUUCGAGGAGCAAAAAAAAAGGUGAAAGCCAGAUGGGCUCCUGGUGUUCUAAGAGCUGUCGGGGAGCUGCUCUCCUCAUUCGCUGCUUUCAGCUCGGACCCGGCUGCUUCCUUAAACGUAAGAUAGAAUUCUGAAACUGUGUGGGUUUUUUUUUUUUUUUUUUUGCUGCUUGUACUCACAUUUUUUUAAGUCCUUUUUUUUCCCAAGAAGCAGGAAUUGUGUAAAGACGGUGCCGUCUUUGUUACGUGAUGCAGUGCGAGCAACACUUUGAUGAGGCUUCUGCUCCUUUCUAUCGUCUCCCUGAUCUAGCAACUUGAUGCAUCCUACAUUACAGUCUUCUGCCUGCACUUGUUUCUCUUUAUGUGACAGGAGUAGUCAAUUUAUUCAGAGGGUUUUGUAUAUUAUAUAUACUUGUAAGAAAGUGUUAAAGUAUUUAAGUGGCUUAGAGAAGUUGUGCAGUUGGAAUGAUUACUGCCGCUCCUCUGUACGUUUAGUUAAUGGGGUGUUGAUCUCCUCCCGUCUUUGUCACGACUUCUCUGAGGCCCUGCGAUAGAAGUGCGGUGAUGAUUUCCUUUCCUGAGGCUCCACCCCUGAGCAUGGUUGGAUUGUCAUACUUGUUUGAUUUCAGCAAGGUGGAAAACGGAGAGCCAAACAUUGAAAUUCUAUUUACGUGAAAUGCAAAAUGUUUGUAAUGGAGAAGUUACAACAAGCACAUUCAGUCGUUUAUAGUUUUCUAAUAAUUCUGGUUCGUACGAUUGUCUACUUUUGUUUCCAGGUUUUGGUAGUGUUAUUGGUUUUCUUCAGUUUGGGGAUUCAUUUGCCGUGCGCUUGUGGCUCUCUGUGGAAAUCCUCUGGAACUCUUGCAAGCAGCCUUGCAGGACGGAUCCCAAGUCUGUCAGGAAGUGACGCUGGCCAUGGCUGCCUAACCCUGUGUGGGGAAGCACACUCUAUGGUGUAACAAAAAUCAAUAAAUUGAUCCAUUUGCGAAAACGUGGCACAAGUUGUGGCUGAUUUACAGAAGAGCAGUCUUCCUUCCUUCAGAAUCUGCCUUCAAUGAACGUUCAUGUUAGCAGCGACCAUCCACCACAUGUGCAUGAAUGCAAAUGACUUUGAUGCUGAUGUGUACUUUACUAUCAUAUUAUUCAAACCUGCCCAGUACGAUAUAACCAUAACCCCUGUCUCCCUGUAGCAGCAAAGCUCCUGCUCCUGUUGGAUUGCUUAGUAGUGAUGUGUUCUGCAUCAGGGUCAUUAACCACAGGUGUCAAUGAGCCCACAAAGUGGGUGCACUGUUCUGGCACAGAUGCCGCAGAGCACAGCAUCACGAUUUCUGUUUGGCGUUUCCUCGCAGGACUGUCACGUUUGAAGUGGACACCCAACAGGAAUAGCAUUCAAAAUGUGGGGAAGGAAACGCACAUACAAUGGUGUGGCUCAUUUAUGGAUUAUUGAAAAUUAAAAUGCUAUAAAUCUGUUUUGUGGUAUACACUACAACUAACAUGAGUUAAUAUAUCAUUCUUGCUGUGUUGCUGAAAAUAAAAUGGACUUGUUUUCCAUA